ACUAAUAAGUUUUUUACCAUCAAAAUUAAUUCUGAUACAAUUAGAUACUUAUAGUAACAAAAAUUUCCGAUACUAAAUCACAUUAUGCAUAUCUCAGAAAAAAUUGGCGGUUUCACAAAAAAGAAAAUAAAAAUAUGGCGUUGGCGCCACAUUAAAAUAUUAGAGAAAUUUGAAACCAUUUUCAUAUCUAAAAUUUCACCUCGAUAAUGUAACCAAAACCAAACCCAAAAGAAAAGUCCUUCCUUUUCUCAUUUCAUCAGUAAAAACAACAAGAACACUCUUAUUAUCUCUCCUCAUUCUAUUUCACGAAGCUAGGGUUCUAAAAUAAUCUUCUCAAAUUUACAAAAAUUAUCACUCAUCUACUCAAAUUUACAAAAAAUAAUCACACAUUACGCUCGAAGUUGUUGCUCAUUUAUAAAAUAAUACAAAAUUGAACCUCCUAUUGUUCUCUAAUGGUUGCGCAUCAAGUGGGAUUCGCUGGGAUUUGCCGUUGAAAUUCUCUAGCGGUGAUUAUUUGUAAAUAAGUACUAUAUGUAGACAACUUGAGGUACAUUAGGCUUUUCAAAAAGGGAAAUUAUCAAGGUACUUUUAUUGGUAUUGCUCGUUCUUGCUGUUAUGAUAGUUAUUAGUAAUAUGUGUAUAUAUUAUAUGGUGAUUUGUGCUUAUAUGAUUUCAUCAUCAUUAUUAUUAUUGUUGUAAUAUUAGUUUUAAAGUAUGUGUGUUGUGUUUUCCAUGUGAUUGUUUUUUCAAUAUUAUUAAACUUGAAACUACGUGUAAUUGAUUUUAUCUAUUUACUUUAAAGUUAUAAUUCGAGUUUGAAAAUAAUUGUAUUCAUUUAUUUAUUUUUUUUUUUUUUUUGUAUUAUAUGAAUAUUUAUAUUGAGUUUUAGUAACUUAUGUUGAUAGAUACUUUAAUAUUGCUCCUGAAUAGGAUUUGAUAGAAGUCACUUAUUAAUUUUAUGGAUACGAGAAAAGGUUGGGUAUAUAUGCCAAGAAAUGGUCUUGAAUAUAGGGAAGGAGUAAAUAAUUUCAUACAAUCUUCACUUAAUACUUCAGCCUUUAAUGGGAGAAUUAAAUGUCCAUAUAAGAGAUGUGAUGUCACUGUGUAUCUUGAUCCUAAAGAUGUUCGUGAGCAUUUAUUUUGUGUGGGUUUUGAUAAAAAUUAUGCUAAUAGUAUUUGGGUAUUUCAUGGGGAAGAACCUUCACCAUCUAGAGUCGAGGAUGAAGUUUUAAGUGAUGAGGAGUCUAAUGAUGGGGCUGAUGAUAUGUAUAGAUUACUUCAUGAUGCUUUUGGAUUUCCUAGUUCAAAAAAUAACCUAGAUGACUUUCCACAAGUUGGUGAGGGAGAGAUGAAUUUAGAAGUUCAAAAGUUUCACCAGCUUAUGCAAGAUGCUAAAACAGAAUCAUAUCCUGGUUGUGAUAAAUUCACAAAUUUGUCAUUCAUUCUUCGACUUCAUCAAAUGAAAUGUUUGUAUCGAUGGAGUGAUACAUCAGUCAAUCAUAUGCUGCAAUUAUUAAAUGAUGUUCUUCCUAAUAGAUCAAACUUGCCAAAAAAUUUAUACCAAAUGAAGAAGAUCAUGGCUGAUUUAGGUUUAGGAUAUACUAAAAUUGAUGCAUGCCCUAAUGAUUGCAUGUUAUACUGGAAAGAGAAAGUUAAUGAUGAAAAAUGCACUGUAUGUGAUGUAUCAAGAUGGAAAGAUCCAUUAAUUGGAAAGAAAAGUGGUCCAACAAAUGUGCUUCGACAUUUUCCACUAAUCCCACGUUUGAAACGUCUUUUUAUGUCACGUAAAACAUCUAAGUUAUGAGAUGGCAUAAAAAGGGACAUAGUAAAGAUGGGAAACAAAGGCACCCUGAUGAUUUCUUAGCUUGGAAGAAUUUAGAUGAAAAUUAUCCAGAGUUUGCUCGAGAUGCUAGAAACCUUAGACUUGGUUUGGCUAGUGAUGGUUUCAAUCCAUUUAGUAAUAUGAGGACUAAUCAUAGUACUUGGCCUGUUGUGCUUAUGGUGUAUAAUUUGCCACCUUGGUUAUGCAUGAAAGAUUAAUAUUUUAUAAUGUCUCUCCUUAUUUCUGGUCCUAAGGCUCCUGGUAACGACAUUGAUGUUUAUUUACAACUGCUAAUUGAUGACCUAAUGGAAUUAUGGAAUGGUGUAGAGACUUAUGAUGCAUUAACUAAUGAUACUUUCAUAUUGCGUGCUGCUUUGUUGUGGACAAUAAAUGAUUUUCCUGCCUAUGGUAACCUCUCGGGGUGGAAAACAAAAGGUUACUUGGCUUGUCCUUAUUGUAAUGUUGAUACAUGUUUUCAUUAUCUGAAAAUAAGUAAGAAGUUGUGUUACAUGGGACAUCGUUGUCUCCUUGAUCAAAAUCAUCCAUUUCGAAGAUGUAAGGCUGCAUUCAAUGCUAAAGUUGAAGAGAGACCACCUCCAGAAUUACAAUCAGGGGCUGAUUUGCUUUAUCAAAUGCGAAAGAUCAAAGUAACUUUUGGAAAGCAUAAUAAGAUGCCUAAGUGUCGUAAGAGAAAAAGAAAAGGGACUGAAAAGAAAAGCAAAGAGAGAAUUGGCUGGAAGAAGGUAAGUAUAUUUUUCAUAUUGCCGUACUGGAAAGACCAUUUUAUUAAGCACAACAUAAAUGUCAUGCACAUAGAGAAAAAUGUGUGUGAAUCUCUACUUGGGACUCUGUUGGAUAUUGAGGGGAAAAGUAGAGACACUUUAGCAGCCCGCUUUGAUCUUCAAGACAUGAAGAUUAGGCCUAAACAACAUCCUGUGAAAGUAAGAGAGAAAUAUGAAAAGCCAAAAGCACCAUUUCAUAUGGAUACAAAGGCCAAGGAAAUUUUUUGUAAAGUUUUAUCAUCAGUUAAGGUCCCUGACGGCUAUGCAUCUAAUAUAGCUCGUCGUGUGGAUGUGAAGAAUGGGAAAGUAUUUGGCUUAAAAAGUCAUGACUAUCACAUUAUUAUGCAACAAUUGCUGCCUUUAGCUGUUAGAAAAGCAUUGCCUAGAGAAAUAAGUGCAGUCUUGAUUGAGGUCAGCAACUUUUUUAAGGAAUUGUGCUCUAAGGAUGCUUCCUUUGAUGAUUUUGAGAAAUUAUAGCAGAGUGUAAUUGUGACACUUUGUUGCCUAGAAAGGAUUUUUUUCUCCAUCUUUCUUUGACAUUAUGGUACAAUUGGUGAGUCAUUUAUCAUAUGAAGUGGCCAUUGCCAAUCCAAUUUCGAUGGAUGUAUCCAAUUGAGAGGUAUGAUUUAAUAUAUUCUUUAGUCAUAAAUAUCCUUAUAAAAAACACUUUUAGUGAUUUACUUUUUUAUUUUUUUAAAUAUGAAAUUGCAGGUUUUUGUUCAAGUUAAAAUCUUUUGUGCAUAAUAGAGCAAAACCAGAAGGUUCCAUAGCUGAGGCAUUCAUUGCUCAUGAAUGUAUGACCUUCUAUGCUCAAUACAUGCAAGAAGUUGAAUCCAGAAAUAGUAAAUCCACUUCUAAUUGCGAACGCAAAGGGUUGUCUAUCUUUUCAAAUAUGAGUGAAGUUUUAGGAUAUGAGGAGAAUAUUCAUUUGAGUCAUGAGCAAUGGAUCCAAGCACAUGAAUAUGUCUUGUUCAAUUGUGACGAGGUUACAAAAUAUUUAGAGUAAGAUGCUCAAAAUUUUGUCUGUUUUUAUUUUUAUUUUCUUUUAACCUCAAUCAGCACCUACUAAAUUUAGUAUUAUUUUUAUAAUGUAGAGAGCAUAGGAAGCUUCUUAGGCAACAACAUUUGCAUAUACAACUAUCAAACCUUGAAAAGCUCCACAAAGAAACAUUUGUGAAAUGGUUUCAAGCUAAUGUUGCUAUGUUAUAAGUUUAAAGAGCAAGUUGAAGGGCAAGGGUCCUAUCUCAUCCUCUUCCCAACGAAAGGAAGAUUAUGCUUUUUUAAGGAAUGAUGAGAGUUCAAGUGAUGAUAGUGACAAUGACCAGGAAAAUAUGUUUGAUGAGCAACAAAGUGAAGGUACCAAUGUUGAAAAUAAUAUAACAGAAGAAACUCAUAUAAUCCCUGAUAUCAGUUCACAAGAGAGACUGAAGAAGAAAGUUCCAAGAGGACCUAACAAGUGUGGUAACCUCUCAAGCAAUGAGAAAACUAUUGUUAGUGUAAAUAUCAAUGGACAACCAAUUGGUAAACAUGGCAGAAAACUCUCAUCUUACCUUGGUCUAUUUGCUAGAGACCCAAAAUUAGUACCACUUGAUUUGAAUGAUUGGAGGAAGUUUUUGAACAAGGAAAAAGAAGAAGUUCUUUGGAAGAUUAUUUUGACUAGAUUUACAUUUGAAGGUCCUACUUCUCCAAAAGAUUGGUCCAUGGAAAAGAUUGAUAAUUGUCUUAGAUCAUGGAGAACAAAACUUAAAAAGAAACAUUAUAAACCAGAAGAAAAAUCUUUAGAAGAGUUGUUGGUGCCGCCUAAUAAUAGAAUUGAUCCUGACCAUUGGACAAAUAUAGUGCGUAGGUGGGAGUCAAACGAAGGAAAGGAUUGCAGCAAGAGAAAUUUUGACAAUCGCAUGAAGUCUACAAUGGCACAUCACUUGGGCACAAAAAGUUUGGCUCGAUUAAGAGAGGAAAUGACAGCGGAGGAUGGUGAAGCACUUGAUCGCUUUAAGGUCUUUGAAAAUGCUUAUGGUGAUGCAAAAAAGAAACCAAUGGAUCCAAUUUCUGAGAUGAAGCUUGCUUCAAUGAAAAACCAUAAAGAGAAGCUUGCCCCUGAUUGUGAUAUUGUUAGUGAGCAAGACAAAAUAUUUGAGCUUGUGGUUGGAGAAGAUAAGCGGUACAAGCGUACGUAUGGAAUUGGUGUGAAAGUGUCAACUGAAGGUAGUUCUAUGUACCACAACACUGAAGCAAUACAUAUGGUUGAAGAAGAAGUGAAGAAAAGAAAAGCCUUGGAAGAAGAAGUGGAGAUAGAAAAGCAAAAAAGGCUAGAAUUGGAGCAAGAAAUAUCCAUAGAAGCUGAUAAAAGAAAGGAGCUAGAAGAACAUAUGUUAAGUUAAAAAAGGAAAAGGGAAGCUUUGGAAGAAGAAAUGCAGACAUUGAAGAAAUUGGUUCUCCACAUGCAAUCUAAUCAAGCUAAAACCCAGUGAUGAAUUAGAAUAUCCAAGCUUGAAGAUUGUUGAUGUAGGUGCAUAGAUCUUUUUUGGAAAUCAAGUAGUUGCAUUGUACUUUUGUUGUAAUUAUUUUAUGCUUUUAUUGUACUUCUUAUAUCUUAAAUGGUGGUGGUGAUGAUGUAAAAACACUUUUUUUAUAUUAGUAUGCAUGCACCAGCUUUUAGUACUAAAACUCUAUUAUGAGAACUUAUGGAUAAAUAGUAAAAAUAUUCCUUUUGUUCAAGUA